AUGGAGCCCAAGGCGACUGAGAUCGAAGGCAUUGAAGCCCGCGUCUCCCAAAAGGAGCAGGUCGCUGUCCCGAAAGACGAUGGGCCCGUGAUGCGGGCGGCGGUAGACGACUUCACCGUCUGGCAGAGUGUGCGUCGGUUCAAGAAAGUGGGAUGCAUAGCGAUGGCGGCUGCUUUCUGUGCAUCACUUGACGGCUAUCAAAUCAAUCUGAACGGCGGUAUCGUGGCAAACAAGGGGUUCAUCCGGCAGAUGGCAAACCCGGGCACCACCAUUAUCGACAGCAAGUACGUUUCGGCUUGGGGUGGCAUCCAGUCUGCUGGUCAAUUCUUUGGCCAAGUCCUUCUUCAAUAUGCGACCGAAAGGCUUGGUCGGAAACCAGCCCUUUGGAUCAUCUGGAUAAUUCUCGUUGCGAGCAUCUUUACAGAGUCUUUCGCAAGCCACUGGGACCAUUGGCUAAUCGCCAAGCUUCUAUCGGGAAUGGGAGUUGGCAUGCUUCAAUCCACAAUGCCUCUCUACUUGUCCGAGAUUGCCCCGACUCAGCUCAAAGGCUUCUUUAUCAACGCGUAUAGCUUGUGGUUCGUCCUGGGGCAGCUUUUCGCGUCUGUGGCGUUGAACAGACUCAACGCUAGCGACCCGUAUGAUUAUAAAGUUCCAAUUUAUACUCAGUGGGCAAUGAUUGGCGGUAUAGGCGUCGUAUUCGCAUUCUUGCCCGAGUCGCCCUGGUGGCUUGUAAGCAAAGGCAAGCUAGAGAAAGCUGCCGAAAUUUUGCAUUCCUGCAACGGUCAAGUUGAAGGCUAUGAUGUCCAGGAGAAGAUUGAAAUCAUGACGGCUACUAUUGAUCUGGAACGCCAGCAAGCCGAGAUCAAUAAGGAGCAGGGGACAUUUGCUGUUUUUCAAGGCCGCAAUCUUUUGAGAUUCAUUAUCGCCGGUUGGCCAAAGAUUGCACAGCAGUUUGUCGGUUUAUCCGUCUUCAAUACCUAUGCGACUUAUUUCUUUCAAUACGCCGGCAACAAGAACCCAUUUUUGGUUACGAUAGUCUUGUCCUGCGUGCAGCUAAUCUCCAUGAUACUGACCACUGUCACCACCGACCGGGUAGGUCGACGACCUCUCACAGUCUAUCCGUACGCGGUGACCGUGGUGUCUGUAUUGUGCCUGGGCAUCAUGGGGUGUGUGGACUACACAAAACAAGCCACAAGCGCACUCUUGGUAUUCUUUGCGUGUCUGGCCACCUUUUCGACUACUGGCGCUUCUGCCAUCGGCUAUGCCUAUGCGGCUGAAAUCCCCCAACAGCGGCUUCGCGCGCAGACGGCAGCUUGGUCCCUAGCCUUGUCAAAUCUGGUUGCCAUCAUGUUCAGUUUCUGUACACCACUCAUGAUCAAUGGUAGCGCUCAAUGGGGCGUCAAGACUGGCUUCUUUUUCGCAGCUUCUGGUGCUAUUGCAACAGUCAUUGCGUGGUUCAUCCUUCCCGAAGUCACGCGUCGCACGCCGGCUGAGAUUGACGAGCUGUUCGAGAAGAAAGUCAACCUUCGCAAGUUUGACAAGUACCUGACAGAUGUCCAAGUUCAUGCGAAUGAGCUUCACCACAGUAAAGGAGUAGCUUGA